AAACAAAAACAUAUGUUUUCAGUUGUCAGUUGAAUUGUCAAUCACACGUGCAGUUACAUUACUUUAAAAAUAUUUCCUUUUGUUUUUUAUAUUGAUAAAUUGCGAUGGGCAAGCAAAAGAAAACUCGGAAAAUACAGAAGCAACGUACAGCGAGUCUGAAGCGGUUGAUGAAGCCAACUGAUUCGCGUAUUAAAGAAGAAAUACGCAAAAAGCGAAAGAAACCAAAUGAUCCACUCGCUCUGAAAGUGCAUCAUGUCCAACAACAAAGUUCGGCUCUUUUCUUCCAAUACAAUACACAGCUGGGCCCACCAUAUCACAUCAUUCUUGAUACGAAUUUCAUAAACUUUAGCAUUAAAAACAAAUUGGACAUCAUUCAAGGCAUGAUGGACUGCUUAUAUGCCAAAUGUAUACCCUACAUUUCGGAUUGUGUUCGAGCUGAGUUAGAAAAGUUGGGAAGCCGUUACAAAUUAGCGCUGCGUAUUAUAUCGGAUCCACGCUUUGAGCGUUUGCCAUGCCUUCAUAAAGGCACAUAUGCGGAUGACUGCUUAGUGGAAAGAGUGCGUCAACACAAGUGUUAUAUAGUGGCUACCAAUGACAAGGAUUUGAAAAAUCGUAUACGCAAAAUUCCAGGCGUACCUCUUAUGUAUGUGGCGGCGCACAAAUACGCCAUUGAACGUAUGCCGGAAGCGUACGGUGUGAAAGCGUAAUAUAAUUUAGUUUAAUGCGAGUAGUAAUUAGUUAGUUUUUAUUGUCGUUUUUAUAAGUAAAGUUUGUACUUUAACGUCAUUAUCUAAAUCUGGAAAUACUUGAAUAAUAAGGAAAAACAAAACACUAAAAAACGUGUUUGCAGGCA